CGCUAUCGGUAUGCAACGUCGAAAUCUGCACUUGAUUUUGACGAUGUUAUACAUUCGAAGACAUUCUUCAGCAUCCAAGGAUAGUAUUGAAUGGUUCAGUAAUGCACUGUAGGAAUGUAAGUCUCGUUUUCAGUCAGUGUUUGCCUCAUUAAGGCGGAGUGAUCGGCUCGAGAAGAUCUGGUGGGUGAAGAAUCCGACGUCGCAAUCUAACACAAGCCUGAUUUAACAUGAUUUUAUUUUUUCUACCCUCACAUUCUGAAUCAUCCGUAAGGCAGUGCAUCCUCCCUGUUGCUGAAGACAAGCCAUGUUAAAUUUAUCAUUCCGCCAGAUUUGUUACCCUGGCGAAAAGUUUGUGUCAUUCUGUGCUACAGCUCCUUCCCGCACAAGAGUUACCCGCCUCCUGCUGUCUUUUCUUCCGCUGGGGAUCCCGACUAAUCAUGAGAGCUUCAACGCCGUAUCAAAGAGAUUAUCCCCAUGAUUAGCACAUGCCACAACGACCUUCGUUGUAAGCCCUGCUAUACAGUGCAUCGCGAACUGGUUCAGAAGAACGGAUGAAUGAGGAUGCGUGCAGAAAAGAGAGAGAUGCACAAGAGCAGGAUCAGUGGCAAGCGCUGGCAGUUUCCUGCAUGUUGAGUGAUCCAUGAUCCACCGCCUUAUGAAGCAGUGUGAUCGGGGGUGUUCAUGGAUCAAGGGGCUUGUGGUGUAUUCCAGUUGCAGGCGGUGUCGGUGUGAGAAUCCAGAAGGGGAAACGUCAGAGAGAUAAUCCUGCCUGCGAAGUAUGUUGGAAGUUAGAAGUUAGAACUUAGUGUUAGAUAGUUUCUUUCGUCUGGGGUUGCGUUGUGGAGCUAUAUUGCGCUUCAAGAUUGUAGUUCUUUGUGAGCUUUGUUUGUCUCUGGAGGUGGUUACUGGGUGAUGGAAAGCGUUUUUGGUGGGUUCUGGAGUUGGAUGCAUGCGAGGACGAGCAUUUGAUGAGCAUUUGAUGAGGUAGUGUGCGAGGAGGAGGCGAUAGGGCGGAGAAGGCAUUGUUCGCGAGGCUGUUACAUGUGAACUUAAUUUUGUUUUUCUGAAGGGUUUGAGCUUUUGGUUGCGGCGUUAGUGAAGUGGGGGAAUAGACUUGAAGCAGAUUCUGGCGGUAUGAGAGAUGGAGAACUAUAAGAAAUUAGAGAAGAUCGGCGAGGGGAUGUACGGGAAGGUGUACAAGGCGGUGGACAAGAGAACAGGGAGUUUGGUGGCGUUGAAGAAAACCAAGCUAGAGAACGAUUUUCAAGGCAUUCCUGCCACGACGAUACGAGAAGUGGCUCUCUUACAACUGCUUUCAAUGAGCAUCUAUUUCGUCCGAUUGUUAAGUGUGGAGCAUUUCAGUAAGGGAGGGAGGUUAUCGUUGUACCUGGUCUUCGAGUACGUCGACACGGACCUAAGAAGGUUCAUUGACCUGUCAUGGCCAGGCCUCAACAACCCACUUCCUCCAUUGACCAUUAAGAGCUUUAUGUACCAAUUGCUGAAAGGGGUUGCUCACUGCCACAGCCAUGGAGUCAUGCACAGGGAUUUAAAGCCUCAGAAUAUCCUCAUUGACUGGGAUAGAGGUUUGGUUAAAAUUGCGGAUCUAGGAUUAGGAAGAGUCUUCACUGUUCCGGUCAAGAGCUAUACUCAUGAGGUUGUCACACUGUGGUACAGAGCCCCCGAAAUCUUGCUGGGGUCUAGCCAUUAUUCAACACCUGUGGAUAUUUGGUCUGUAGGAUGCAUAUUUGCUGAGUUGUGCCGCAAGAUGCCUCUAUUUCCAGGAAGUUCUGAACUCCAGCAGCUCCUGCACAUUUUCCGAUUACUUGGGACCCCAAAUGAUCAAAUAUGGCCUGGAGUGAGCACGCUGCGAGAUUGGCAUCUCUAUCCACAGUGGAAACCACACAACCUCGCACAAGUUGUUCCAGAACUCGACUCAGCAGGCAUCGAUCUUCUCAAAAGUAUGUUGCAAUACAACCCAGCGAGCCGAAUUUCAGCUAAGAAAGCCUUGUUCCACCCUUAUUUUAACAGCCUUGACAAGUCGCAGUACUGAACAGCUGCAAGGAAGCGCAACGUUUAACCACCAAGACUUCUUUUAUUUGUGUGAAAUGUGCCAAAAGCAUGAAUCGCAUUCUUACAUGCAGAGGAAUCGCUCUUAGCCAUCAAUUUCGGGCCCGAUUGCAGUACCACUAUCUCAGUGGAUCCUCUAUCUGUGACCUUACUCACUCUCCAUGGCAGAUUCCCGCAUCAUCAAUAAAUAGGUUUUCAACAGAGAUAAGAUGUAGUUGUAUCAUAAAUUAUUCAAUUAUUUUGUUUAUGCCAAGUAUUGAAACUAGACCCCUGCUAUAGCUACCUGUUGAUUCUUUCCACUAUGAUUCAAAGUGGUAUCAUUAUUUGAUUCAAAGUUGUACUCGGUCAUAUUAUGAUCCUAUUAUAAUAGUCAUUGCAAUUUUCAUUGCACAUGGUCUGAAUACUGGUUUCGA